AGCCUCAAAUUCGUUUUGGAAUGAAGCAGUGUAAUAACUGAACGAACUGAACUGAAUGUACUUCUUCUGUGUAAAAAGUGGAUAGUGGCUCACAGGUCAAAGGAUGGAACGGUCACGCUCUAGAUCCCCCAGGUGGAAACAGAGGUCUUUAUCACCAAAACCUAGAAAGUCUGAACACUACAAGCAAAGAUGUUCUCAUGAGCAUUAUUGCUCCGACUAUGGGAAGGAUCUGAAAAGAUCCACUUCUAGAAUGAACGAUAAGAAACAUGGACAGAGUAAACCAAGGAUUUCUUCUCAUGAAAGUGCACAUUACCGAUGGUAUGAACAGAGAUCACCUUCUCCAGACAAAAGAAGCUCUUUAGCCGAUUUUUAUUCUUAUAAGCUUUACCAAGAAUAUUCACCACAAACAAGGGACAGUAGCAAAUCUCAGUAUAUGUCCAAAUACUCAGAAGAUGUACCCUAUGAAGAUUAUUGCUGUGAUUAUCCUGAGGAAAUGCAAGAGAGGUAUUCUCCUGAUGACCACAGAGUUAGAAGAAGUGUAAAAGGAGGGCAAUCGCCUCAGAGGUCAAUAGAAGAUUCUUUUAGAUUUGAAGAAAAGUCGUACAAAGAUGACUUGAGUUACCAGAUGAUGCAAGAUGAAGAAUAUUCUCAGUCAUUUAGAAGAGGCUCUGAAGAUUUUGAGGAAAGGAGCUCUUUUCAGACAAGGUAUCCUGAGGAUCACGAUUACAGAAAAUACAGACACACAUCAAAAAGAUCUACAGGCAAGAAGAGGUACAAAAACAGAGACUCUUCUAGAAACUCACAUCGGAAGUCUGGGCAUUAUCUUUCACAUUACCAAGAAAAGGAAGAUCAGUGGAACCUUCAACACCAAACUCAUCGACAUGCUGGGAGGAACUCCCCAGAGACCAGUUCAGCAACCAAGGUAUCCAGGGACUAUCACCACAAACAUCCUAAGACCUCAGAUGAGGACCAGGACUUUUCUGAUGGAAGAACUCAGAAAUACUCUAAGGAGGAAGAUAGAAAAUACAUUUCUCAAAUAGGCCUUGCAGAAAGAAAGUCCAGUUAUUUUAAUACUAGAAGAGGCAGAGAGACUGUAGAUGGGCAAGUCAAAGAAGCUUCUAAGCCAUCUAAGAAAGACUGUUCUCCCUCUACUGAUUCAGAUAAAAGCAAUGUUAUUUUGAGUCCCUAUAAUGGCAAACAAAAGAAGAAAAAAAACAAAAAAAGAGAUGGCAGAAGAGAGGACAACUCUUCCAGUUACCAGUUUGGUAAAAGUGAAUAUUCACCUGCUACUCUUAGGAAGAAAUCGAAGUCACUUAUAGUUAAAAUAGAUGUGGACACAGUAAAUAUACCCAGCUUUCCUUUUAGCAAGGCAGAGAGACAGAUGUCAUGUGAUUUGGUUGCUGUUGGCAAGAAGAGUGAGAACUUCCAUCCAGUGUUUGAACAUCUUAAAUCAGCUCAGAAUACUGAAAACAAAUCUACAGGAGAAUUUUCUCAGGAAAUCAUAACUGUAAUUAAUCAAAUUAAAGCAAAUACUUUUCCAUCAUCUGACGUUACUCUACAUGAGCGUUUCUCAAAAAUACAAGAUACACCAACUACAAAAGGUGCAAAUGAAAUUAAAUCGAAAUUAGAUCCAGAAAUUUACAGGAAAAUAGAUAUGUGUUUGGCUGAGUUUCGGAAUAAACAAAAUACGGUAUGUGGUUCAGAACAGACUCAGGUCAAAAUAAUAGAUCCAAAUGACCUACGACAUGACAUUGAAAGAAGGAGAAAAGAACGGUUACAGAAUGAAGAUGAGCACAGUUUUCACAUAGAUAGUGCUGCAGAGAGGAAUAAUCAGUUUUCCUGUUUUUCAUCUCAUGAUGAUAGCUUCCCAAACCAUCAAUAUGUUACAAGUUCAAAUUAUAGAAAGUUUACUCAGACUCUUUACAUGGAUUAUACUAUGGAGAGAAGCAACAACAUUACUCACAAGGCAUUUGAAGUUAAGAGAAAGCAUCAAAAGAGAAGGGGCUUUAGACCUUAUAAGGCCAAGUUUAGAGGUGGCAGGCUGAAGCCCUAUGGUAAAUCAGGCCUAGUAAAGAAGAGCUUGAACAUUCAGGCUAAAUAUCAGCGUUUACGGUAUGCUGGUUCAAAGGGAUUUUUCACUAAAAAAUACAGAGAAAGAUUGCUGAGGAAAAGAAAGUUUUAAUAUUGUAAGAUCCUAGUAAAAGGAAUAUGCAAACCUUGGCACAGCAGUUUAAUGGGGAAUUGUUGCAAAUGGAAUCAACACUACAGAACAUUUGAGAGCAUCUCUGUCAGGUGUUAUAAUUGACAAUAAAGCACUAAUACUGUAACUUUCUUGAUAAAAGAACUAUUUUUUGUAGUGGAAUGCUGCGAUUUUUGUACACUUACUUGCUCUUAAAGUAAAGUAUUUAAUUGAAAAGCUGUAUUAACUACAGUUUCUUUUGCAAAAAGUCUCAAAAGGGCAUUAUUUGUUGAAUUUUUCUCUGAGCAUGGUUUCAUAGGGAACUUAACUGAGUUAUAUUCAAAUGUUUACAUGUUGAAAGUUUUGCUUAUGUAAUAAAAAACAAAAGUAUCUGAAUUGUAUAGUGUCUGUACAUGAAAGAACUUUAAACAGUGGCCUUAUGGUAGCAAAUUUUAUACCAGAUUUGUUUCCUGGUGAUAUUUUGACUUAUAA